AUGGGAUGUUCGGGUGACAGGGAAAAGGGCCACCUGGAUGAGUCGCAGAAAUGGGACUACGUGACUCUGUCCGACUUUCGUGCUUCGGGUGCAUUGACUUAUGUAUCCUACGGAUGGCUCUGGAUAAUGGCUCUGGUAGCAGUUGCUGUGUAUGGCGCCGACACUUUCACCGCCGUCAAUCUUCUCGCAUACGACAAAUGGUCUUCUCAGAUUGAGCCCAGUAUUCCUCUGAAGUACUCGAAAUGGAUCUUUGCGGCGUGUAUCAUGUUCUCAUGGGCCCUCUGCAUAUUCGAAUGGGUGCGCGCCGUUCGCGUGAUCCGCAGGGGCAGUGUUGCCGAGAGCUACAUGGAUUCGGUCGCCGCCACACUCCAGUCGAUGCGACCCAAGGGCUGGAAACGCUUCCUUGUAUUUGCUGAAUUGACCAAGAGUAAGAAGGGAGUCGACUACAUCGCGCUGUUCGUCUACUUCGCUUUCAAAGGUGCCGUACGCAUCAUAUUGGCCGAGGGUCCUCGCCAGGUCGUCAACGCCAUCACCCUCUACUCGUUCAUGCAAUCAGACCUCAUCCCCACCGGCGAUCACGCUGCGACUGCAGAUCACUCUUCAUUCGAACAAUUCUGGAUCAAUGUGGAAACACUGGCCGAGUCAAAUCGCGAACAGGCUGUUGUUCUCUUCACCAUGCUCUUCACCCUCGUCAUCUGGGUCAUCUCCGCCCUUUGCCUGAUCAUUGCUGUCGUGCUCUAUCUGGUCUUCUUGUGGCACUACAUACCUCAAAAAGAUGGUCGUUUGAGCAACUACUGUCGAAGGAAGAUUGACAACAGGCUCGAGAAGGUUGUGGGCCAGAAGGUCAAGCAAGCGCUGGAAGAGCAAGAGAAGCAGCAGGCACAGAGCGAGGCCAAAGCAGCAAGAAAAGCCAAUCAACUUCCGACCAGACCGCAGACCAACCGAAAACCGACCUUGCCUCAAGUUGCUGCACAGACACCCGACCUUGUCUCGAAGAGCGACUUUGGUCGUCAGAGACAGAACACCCAAGACCGUCCUGCUCUGCCUCCCUUGCGCACUUUCACCGCCCCUGAACCAGCAUUGCGUCGCGAACAAACGCCGCUCAGCCUCAACGCAACACAACCUCCUGCUCGUACUCACACAGCACCACCGAUGGCAAUGCACCGCCAGCCAUCCUCUUCCGAACUCAAUGCUGACAGACGUCCGCACAUGCCUUAUCGUUCAGACACCGAAGCAUCUCUCGCGUCUAACGCUACUUAUGCUUCGGAUGCUUCCUUACUUGGAAAUGCCAACGACAUGGGUUACAGUGACAGCGUAGAGUACUAUCCCACACAACCGAGGCCUACGUUCGACAGGUCAACAUCUUAUGCUUCCAGGCCAACACCGUCAUCGUUCGACAAUCAAUCUGAAUACGCAAAUCAACCAUACCCAGGUAGAAGCGCAAUCGUCGGCUCACAACGAUCUUACGCAUGGGAACAAGAUAAUCUCGAUGAGCAUCUUGAAUAUGAACGAGACAUGACUCCGGAGCUUUUGGACUACCCGCCUACUAGAUACAUGUCACCCUAUUCGCAACCCGUGCCCACACACCAAGAUGGUAUGGGGUAUGAUGACUCGGAAAGCACUAUAUUGCCACGGCAAAGACUGCAACAAAACUUCCAAAGGUCGUACACCCCAUUGACAGGCUCUAACAAUGGUUUGAGCUUUGCGUCGCGUCAUAUACCUGAACCCGAGUCCCAAAGCUUCGAGAUGCAACCACGCAAAGCCGCAACACCAGAGCCCUUCGAGCAACAGCUGCCGCCUCAACAGCACUCGGCUUCUGCAGCAUCUGAGGGCUAUGUUGCUUUCAAUCCAUCGUUCACACUUGCAGCUGCCGCACCCUCAUUUACACCACCAGAACGCAGUAUCACAAACCCCCCAGAGAUCACAAGAUCUACAGUGGCAGCCGGACCACAGCGUAGCGCUACAGCUCCUCCUGAAGCAUACGAUGGGUUGAUUGAUGAGUAUCGCGUUCGACCCCAAGACGAUCAUCGUCAGAUGCCAGGCAGAAGCGCAAUAGCGACUCCCAUCAGAAGCGCAACAUCAGUCCCCAGCCAAAGACCUGUAGUUCCCAUUAGGAGCGCAACCGCUGUCCCCCACCAGCCAUAUGAAGUACCUGGCAGAAGCGCUACCGCUGCCCCGAGCCAACACUACCACACACAUGGGUGGUGA